UACUCAAAAAGCUUUCCACCACAAAACUAAAAUUCAGAUUUCAACAAUGAGAUUCUGAGAUUUGGGUUUUUGAUUGUUAAAAAAUUAUUAUAGUUAUGAAUUUAGGAAGCAAUAAUAACAAUGAACACAAAGAAUUCGCUUUUGACCUCAACGUCAAACCUGUUGAGGAUGACAAUUCCGAUGUUCCUGAAAACUCAGAUUUGUGUACGAUUUGUAUUGAGCCGUUGGUCAAGACACGGGACGAUCGUCGAACAAUUGUUACUCUAGCAUGUGGCCAUAAGUUCCAUCUCGAUUGUAUUGGUUCAGCCUUUAAUGCAAAGGGCUUUAUGCAGUGCCCAAACUGUAUGCAAAUAGAACCAGGUCAAUGGCGAUUUGCAAACGACCCUCCACUCCCAAAUAUUAGUGAGGGUGACUGGAUUACCGAAGAAGAAGAUGAUGAUGCAAACAGUGAUAGGGCUCAACAAUCUCCUGUUGCUGCUUCUGUCGGUCCAAAUUUCAGUAGCUACAGGAUCACCGCCACAGGGGAAGUCCAACAGAGGGCUCCACCAUCUCAUCAGUUGAUUUUCCCGAGGGGUUUAGAGCCAGGGGUGGUGACAGGGAGACACUAUCUUGCACAUCCAUCUUUCUACCCCACUCCCCCAGUACGCAAUGCUCCACUGUUUCUGCCUUAUCCAAACACCAGCACAGUGCAAGUUAACCGGAUUCCAUCACUCUUUGGCGAUUUACCAGUCCCAGGUAGUCGUAUGUUUUCGUCUGGUACGGAACAAUUGGCUGGAGAAAUCGCACAUUCUUGGUCUACUAGUUUAAUGUAUGUGAGCCCGAGCCUUUUUCGCAGCAGUAGCCGUGCAGGCGGAACAAGUGUUAAUAACGGCUACAGCAUUGGAUCAAGCAGCAGUAAUGGUGGAAGAGGCGGAGGUGGAAGAGGCGGAGGUGGAAGAGGCGGAGGUGGAAACGGCAACCGUAAUGGAAUGAGUGGUGGUAGCCACUCAAGAGGCUGCAGACCUCCUCCCUAAGCAAUUAUGUUUACUUUAUUAUAUUCUCAUGAACCUUUGACAAGAGAAAGUGAACUUGUUUUUUUUUAAUGAUUUCAGCAAAACUAAGACUAUUUUUUCAGUUUAUUAUAUA